CGGGGGGCGCUUCUGCGGAGCGAACAGAAGGGGAACGGUCGAGGCUGCUGUUUAAAUAGCGCGUGCAAGGCCCGGAGAGAUCGUCACGCCUCUGGGCGCUGUGGCGGCCGGCUCAGGAAGGCCGCCCGAGCUGCCAGAUCCUGCCCACCCAUGCCCUGGCUCCCAGACCUGGGCAGGAGGAGAUCCCUGCAGGGAGGCGCUGACUGACAGGCUUGCACUAUGUUCUGGGUCUGCACCAGCCUCCAUGCCACUGUGACAGGGCGACACUGCCCCUCCAUCUCAAGAUUGAAGCCCCAGUUUGUUGUAGCUGAAGAAAAAUGAUGGAAGAGAGUGGAAUAGAGACAACCCCACCUGGCACUCCCCCGCCAAGCACAUCAGGGGCAGUAGCUGCUGGUAUCACCAUUGCCGCCACCAUCACCACACCUGUCUCAUUAGCUUUGUCCAGUUCUCUCACUGCUCCAGACAUAUCCCCUCUCCCAUUUUUCCCUCCUCAAUCAUUCUCCACACCUCUACCACCCUCAGUAUCUUCACUUCCUCCUAUGAGGUCGUCAGCGCCUUUGCCAUUUGUGCCUUCUGCAACAGUUUCAACUAUUGCACCCCCUUUAACUCCUGCCCCACCUCCUAUUACCCCUCCAACUGCUUCAGCUUUUAGCGGCACCAUGUCCCAUUUCUCAACACCUCCUCCUCCAAGCUGUAUUCCUGGCCCUAACCUUUCUGUACCUCCCACGGCACCCCCCAUUUCAGGAUUUUCCAUUGCUUCAUCCUAUGACAUUACCAGAGGUCAUGCUGGGCGAGCACCACAGACCCCGCUGAUGCCAUCAUUUUCUGCACCUUCAGUCACAGGUGUCUUGACAAAUCCUGUUACUCAACAAACAACUUUUCCAUCCUCUCUGGUGCCUGGAACUGGAAGUGGCCCUGCAAUAACUUUCCCAGAGGAGAAUGAAGACCCCAGAGUUGCUGGCAUACAGAAUGAAGCAUCUGCUGGAGGCCUCUGGGGAUUUAUAAAAGGUGUAGCUGGAAAUCCUAUGGUAAAGUCGGUGCUUGAUAAAACAAAACACUCAGUAGAGUCCAUGAUCACCACGCUGGAUCCUGGCAUGGCUCCAUAUAUCAAAUCGGGGGGAGAACUGGACAUAGUGGUUACCUCCAAUAAAGAAGUAAAAGUUGCUGCCAUUCGAGAUGCUUUCCAAGAAGUCUUUGGAAUGGCCACAGUUACAGGAGAAGCUGGACUGUCUAACAUUGCACCACAACCUGUGGGCUAUGCAGCUGGAUUAAAAGGAGCUCAGGAAAGGAUAGACAGCUUGCGUCGGACUGGAGUGAUACAUGAGAAACAGCCUGCUGUAUCUGUAGAAAAUUUCAUCGCAGAAUUGCUUCCUGACAAGUGGUUUGACAUUGGAUGUCUGAUUGUUGAAGAUCCAGUCCAUGGGAUUCAUCUAGAAACUUUUACCCAAGCGACACCAGUGCCUCUGGAAUACAUUCAACAGGCUCAGAGUCUCACUCCCCAGGACUACAAUCUAAGAUGGUCAGGUCUUUUGGUGACAGUUGGUGAAGUGCUGGAGAAGAAUUUACUGAAUAUCAACAGGACUGAUUGGCAUAUCGCAUUCACUGGUAUGUCCCGUCGACAAAUGAUCUACAGUGCAGCCAAAGCUAUAGCAGGAAUGUACAAACAACAUUUACCACCCAGGACCAUUUGAAAGAAGCUUGACUCAUCACACUGAAUGCUGUUUUUCUGUUCAGCUUGAUAUGAAGGAAAAGAUUGCAGCUUCUGCCAAUAUUCAAGUCCUCAGUGAAUACAGCGCAAUUUGGUAAUCUACCUGUAAACUGUAAUUUUUUUCUUUUUAAAAAAAUGAAGGUACUGUUCCAAUAAUGGAAAUGAACAACUCCAGUUUUUAAUAAUCCAGUAUAAUUAAUGAGAAGAGAAUUAGAUGCAAACAGAUACAUUUAUAGCAGGGCCAAAUAGCAUUAAAAUUUGUAAGGUGGAAUGCAUUUUCAUUUCAAAGACACUUAAUAGGUAUUUGCUGAGACACUUAACUUAAUAUUUUAUUUACUCAAAUAUAACUUUUUUUAAAGGGGGCGAGGGUACAAAUAUUAUCUUUUGCAUUUCAGUCGAGACAGUACCCUGUAUUUUCUAGAUGCCUAUGUUUUGGAAGUAUUUAGCACUUCACAGGGUUAGCCCCUAUGUGUGCAUGAUCUCAGAACUGUUGCUGAGUAGCUCUAAAACAUCUUAAAAGUGAAUGACCAAGGAAGGGCAUAGGUCCAUGCUCAAAUAUAUCCAAGGUGUAGACCAAAAUAACUUUGAAUUUUCAUCUUCCAUACCUUUUUUUUUUUUUUUUUUAAAUACUUUUUCUGAAGUAUGGUCCAAGCCAACUCCCCUGGAAUCCAAUGAAUUAGGCACUUCAUACGCAUAAAAAUGUGUCGUCAACUCAGUAUAACACAAUUCAGUUACUCCAGCAUUUAUCUACAUACAGUCAUCCGGGCUACAGAAAGAAAAUUACAUAGGAGCUUGCAUUAUCAGUUUUCAUCUACCGCAAGUUAAUAUAGCAAACUGUGUGAUAUUCAUACUGUUUGCUCUGCCAUUCUGUAUUUUCCAAAGCAGGAAUAGAAUCCUGCAUGGUGUGAUAAGUGUCAUUGAUUCACUACUUCUCCUAUACAUCUUUGAUAUCUGUCCUUCAUAGCUGAAGAUACCCCAUAGCUAUGCUCAAAGAUAAUCCUAAAUCUCUAUUCAAAAAUACAGAAGUUAUUGUAAAAGAAUAUUUUGAUAAUAGGUUUGUUUUAAAAACAAACAAUUAAUUCUUUGUUUGCCUUAAACACUAGAUUUUCAGCUUGAACUGCUCUGCCUUUAUCUUUUGUAGAUGCUUUCAAAGAACAUUUUUGUAUGCCAUAUACUGUCUAGCCAACUUAUUAUAUUUGCACCCAGAAAACCUGUCCUUUUUCCAAGUAAUAUAUUUUGCCAUAAUUGGCUGUGUAAAUUAAUAUUAAAUAAACAUUUUUUCCUACAGAAUUAAA